AUGAAUGAAGUUAAAGUUGUAAAGUUUUUUCUAACCCUUAUGACCGCUCUGCUCAUUGGAGUAGGUCUACUGAAUCUAAUGUAUUCAUUUCGUCGCAAAAGAUUCUACAUUAGUCCAUUGCUCAUAGUUUGGUCCUUAACAAUAUUCACCGUGUGUUUGUAUGUGUUUGGAAAACGUUUUUAUGAAGAAUUUCGAACAGAUCAAAUGGAUUUGAAAAAUGCCGUCAGUAUUUACUACUACUUGAGUAUUGUGUGUUCCAUGGUGAAUUAUUUUUCACAAUUUUUAAAAAUAAAGGAUCUACUGGAAUUCUAUAACCAAGUGCCAGUGUUCGAUUGUCUGUGUUAUUUUAAUAUAAAUCCACGGUCGGUUAAAAAGUCGGCCCUGCUGACUUUUAUUAAAAUUAUUCUAUUUCCAAUAAUUGUGGAAGUGAAUUUGAUAAUUCGAGAGCUACAUGGUGGUGGUGGAGAGGAGCCAAAUCUGGUGGGGACACUUUAUAAUUUAUAUCCCAUGGUUAUUGCCAAUUUUUUGCCCAACUGUUUAUUUGCCGGAUUUGUUUUGUGUCGAGAGGGUAUGAAGGCUUUAAAUAGCCGCUUGCUGACUAUAGAAAAGGAGGCGAAUUUAUAUCAGGAUAAAAAGCAAAUGAAAAUACUAAGCAAUUUUCAGCGAAUGCAAAUCUUCUGCGAUUUAUCGGAAAAAUUGGAUGAAUUAUGUGAAAAAUAUAAUGCGAUUUGUUCCUAUACCUUGGCCUAUGUGGAUUUGCUUGCGAUGCCAUUAGUCUUCUCUUUACUGAGUAAUCUUUUUGGAAUUACGGCGGGUUGUUUCCAACAAUAUUAUGCCAUUGCCGAUACCAUGAUAAAUGAGGAGCCCUACGAUAUGUUCGAUGCCAUGACAAAUGGUGUCUUUUUGGCAAUAUCAUUUUCGGAGAUUGCCCUGCUAAAUAUGGCGGUCAAUGAUUGUAUUGGAAGGCCUGAGUAA